UUUGUUUCAGGAACGGCGACCCCUGCCCCAGGGGGCUUGCGGCGAGCAAUGGCGCGGAGUAGGGGCGCAGUCUGCCUCUUUACAGUUCAUUUUCUCUCCUGCAUUAUUGUGUGUCGCCAAGACAGUGGCAACAGCCGAUCCAGAGAUCAAAGCACCGUAUCGGAAUCUUCGAGGAGGUUUCGCACAGAGUUCCUGGAAGACUGGCCCCACACCCCAGGGGCGCCUUAUUUCGACCCAAGCACACCGGACAACGUGACAGGCCUCGUGGGGCACCCGGUCACGCUCCUUUGUAAAGUUAAAAAUUUACAGAACAGAACGGUGUCUUGGGUGCGGCACCGGGACAUCCACCUGCUUACGGUGGGCCGAUAUACGUACACGUCGGACCAGAGGUUUGAAGCUCAGCACAAGCCCCGCUCCGAGGAGUGGGCGUUGCGCAUUCGCAGCCCUCAGCGCCGCGACUCGGGCCAGUACGAGUGCCAGAUAUCCACCACGCCGCCUGUGGGACACGCUGUCUUUCUCAACAUAGUUGAACCGGAGACAGAGAUAAUGGGUGGUCCUGACUUAUUCAUCUACGCUGGCUCUACAAUCAACCUGACAUGCAUCGUACGGCACACGCCAGAGCCACCUAGUACAAUUAAUUGGACGCACAGAGGCAAGACAAUAAACUUCGACUCUACGCGCGGCGGGAUAUCCUUGGUGACUGAGAAGGGUAUCCACAGCAGUAGCAGGCUUCUGGUGCAAUCGGCGCGGACUGCGGAUGCGGGCGCAUACCAAUGCGUACCGGACAAUGCGCAGUUGGCGUCUGCGCGCGUCCAUGUUCUUACGGGUGAAACUCCAGCAGCAAUGCAAGGCAGCGGUCAGUGGGCCAGCUGCUUCAGCUUAGCCACCUUAUUAUUACUGGCCAGUGCUAUUAUUUAAAAAUAAAAGUGAAUGAGAACUUUUUUUAAAAGAUGUAGUGAAAAGAAAAACUGUAAAAUGGCAUAAAAACUUCAUGAUACGACCAGUGUUGUCAUCCAUAUGUGUAAAUAAGAAUAGAUUCAAUUAAAACUAACGUGUGAGAUUCCGAAAAGUCUAUAAAGUGGUUAUAAUGUUUGUUGCGUUUGUAUGGGAAAGAUGUUUGACAUCGAAAAGACGCGUCUGUGCCAACGCGUAGUAUAUCCUGACCAGGGUAAAGUAUUGUUAAGGUCUAAUUGCAUUAUAGUGAAUUAAAGAAAUGAAAAUCCGUAUAGAUAGGGUUGUUUUAUUUGAUAUUAUUCAAUUAUUUAUUGCUUCUAUACAACAGAACUGCGACUUAAAAAAAUACAUAAUUACAAGUUUUAUUGUUACAAAGCUUGCAUCAAAUUAAAUUGUUGAUAUUUUAGUCCUUCACUCUUUAUCAAUCUUCAUAGCAUUAUACUUCCUUUAAACAGUAUUUUAUUAUUAUGUAUGGUAAGUACGAAUCCCUACAGCAAGUCUCGUGUUUCAC